GAAGUGAAGCAUGUUCAGCCUUGCUUCAAACCCCCUGCAGCCUUGUGGUAGGCUGAACCGCGCUAGCGAACAAAUCUCAGACCUCCGCAGAGAGCUCAAGAAUCCACCGCCUCAAUAGACUCCUCCACACAAAGCAACUGCUACCAUGAGUGCUUUUAUGCCCAUCAACCCGCGGCCGAUGCUGCAAAAUCUGGUCAACGAGGAAGUCAUUAUCCGUCUCAAAUGGGGCCAAACAGAGUACAAGGGUCGUCUUGUGAGCAUCGACAGCUACAUGAACAUUCAGUUGUCAGGUGCAGAGGAGUGGAUUGAUCAACAAAUGACGAGUGUUCUCGGCCAGGUUCUAAUACGGUGCGUUUCCUUAUAUGGGAUUUUCUUGAAUGCUUGGGUCAUACAGGUGCUAGGUGUAGAAAAAACGAACGGAAGCUGAUUCUUUCUACAGAUGCAACAAUGUCUUAUGGAUUCAAGGCGCAAAUCAGAACAAUGGCAAUGCGGAUACGAAGAUGGAGGGAUAAUCGUGCUUCUGAGGUGGUAAGACGGUGACUCGAUAACGCAAGCAAUCAGGGCACGAAUUUCUGGUGGUUUUCUGCGGACCAGGUUGGGAGCAAGAUGAAAGAGCGUUCAGAUCCCAAAAGGUUUACUGGUAUGUCAAUGGGCAAGGCGUUCUAGAAGCAAGCUUCGACUUGCAGAGGCAUUAGUGCAAUGGAUUUUGAUUCC